CGUGUGCUUGGAAUGUGGGUGGGGAAUAAUAAAUGUAAGGUGAAAUAAACGUUUUCUGCUGAGGACUGAAACAGAGUUGUUGUGAAAAGUCUCCGGAUUUAAUAAACAAACGCUACCUCGGGACACGCCCAUCCGAAUUACAGCACACCAGAGAGAGAGAGAGAGAGAGAGAGGGGCGGAGUUGUGAAGACACGGAAAUCACGGGAGCACGCGUGCGUGUGUGAGUUGACGGUGUGUGUGUGUGUGUGUGUGUAUGAUGGUAGAGUUCGCUCCGUUAAAUAUCCCGGUGAGGAGACGCUUACAGACCGCCGCCGUGCUGCAGUGGGUCUUCUCUUUCCUCGCGCUCGCUCAGUGCUGUCUGGCAGCCUUUGUGUUGCUCUGCGUCAGUGAUUGGUGGAUUUUGGCUGCACUGUAUGCUGGUUGGUUAUAUUUAGACAGAGACACGCCCACAACUGGAGGUCGAAGGUCACACUGGGUCAGGAGCUGGACUGUAUGGAAAUACUUCAGGGACUAUUUCCCCAUCUCGUUGGUGAAGACGGUGGAUUUGGAUCCUAAAUGUAAUUAUCUCUUUGGAUUUCACCCUCAUGGUGUUCUGGUGGCCGGUGCUUUUGGGAAUUUCUGUACAGAAGCAUCACAGUUUACCAAACUGUUCCCGGGCCUCACCCCAUACCUGCUCAUGCUGCCCUUCUGGUUCCGAGUGCCUUUUUUCAGAGACUACAUCAUGUAUGGAGGAUUGGUGUCGAGUGAGAAGGCAAGUAUGAGUUAUCUGCUCAGUCGUCCAGGGGGCGGAUCUGCAGCGGUGGUGGCAGUGGGCGGAGCUCCAGAGAGUCUGGAGGCACGGCCUGGAGCACUGACCCUACAACUACUGCAGAGGAAAGGCUUCAUCAAACUCGCACUCAAACACGGAGCAGUGUUGGUUCCUGUGUUCUCCUUCGGGGAAAAUGAGCUGUUUGAUCAGAUGGAGAACCCUGUAGGUUCCGCCCUCCGCCGGCUUCAGGACCGCCUCCAGAGGAUUAUGGGUGUUGCUUUGCCUCUAUUUCAUGCCAGAGGAGUGUUUCAGUACAGCUUCGGCCUGUUACCCUAUAGAAAACCUAUACACACUGUGGUUGGAAGGCCGAUACCAGCUGAUCUGAAUCUGUCUCCCACUAAAGAGGACAUUGAUUCUCUUCAUCAGUGCUACAUGGAGGGUCUGACGCAGCUUUUCGAGGAGAACAAGGAAAAGUAUGGCAUCGAUAAAGACAAACACCUCAAAUUUAUCUGAAACCUGUCUUUGUCUCAAACUGUGUGUCUGUCUUUGUCUGUCUACCUUUCUAAUGGCCUGGUGUGUGUGUGUGUGUGUGUUAUCUGAAACAUUUAGGAAAUUAAGAACUCCUAAAAACAAUUCUUGUCCUAAUUAAUAUGAAAGUGAGUUGGUGAUGUCACAACUAUAAAUGAGCAUUUAUAGGAGAUUUUGGUUGUCUUACUGUAGUGCCUUGAUCCCUGCGUGCUUUAAGUGCCAGCAUUUGAUUGGUUAGUGAUGUGUAUGUGGGUGAACAGCCGAAUUUUAACUUGUGUUACGUGACCUUGAGUCUUCAGAGGAAAUAAAAAUGUUCAAUUGGAAAUGUCUGAACUAUUGAACAAACUUUAUAAUAUAUACUUUUAAAAUGGAAUCCAUGAUUGUGGGUAUUUUUUACAGACAUUGUUAUUAUAACAAAAGUUCUGAGCUGUAACACAUCUGGAUUUAAUAAAAGGUUUUUAAAUCAA